CAAAAGUAGUAGUUUCUUUCUUAUUAUUAUGUUCCUAGUUUUUUCUAGCACUACUAUACUAGUUAAUAAUAGUUAAAAAAUAGUGAGUCUGAGAGAGAAUUAGGAGAAAAGAAAAUGGGAGAAGAGAAGGAAGAUCCGCAGAAACUGAAGAGAAUAGCGGCGACUGCCUACGAAUACGACAACGACCCGAGAUGGGCAGAGUACUGGUCCAACAUCCUCAUUCCUCCCAGCAUGGCUUCUCGCUCCGUCUCCGAUGUCCAAGACCACUACAAGCGCAAGUUCUAUCAGCGCUACAUCGAUCCCGAUCUUGUGGUGGAGCCUAUGUCGACUAAUAGUUCAUCUCAACCAGCAAGACCAUCAGCAUCAUCAACAUCUUCAAAUGACCAACCUCGACAGCGAAACUCAGGGUCUACUAGUACUACUCGAGCUUCAGGGACAUCAGCAACCACCAGUCCAAAUCCAACUUCUCUGCGCUGGGAUCGGCAUACGAUUCAGUUCUCUGUGAAUGCUUGGGUGUUUGUUGUCGCUGUACUUGCAAUUUUUCCACUGGUACCUAGAAAUCUUUCACAAAGGGCAUAUCGGCUUUCCUUUAUGGGCACUGCAUGUUCCUCUCUGUAUUCCUUGUAUUCACUAUAUGGGCAACCCAGAGGAUGGAAUUUGCAGGCUCUGCAAAGUUACUUUCAGACUAUCAUUGUGACCAAGGAUUUCAUCUACUUCAUCUACUGCCUUACCUUUGUGACUUCGAAUCUUUGCCUUAAGUUUGCUUUAAUCCCCAUUUUAUGUCGAGCACUUGAACUUGUUGCCAAGUUCCUUAGGCGUAAUUUCAAUCGCUCCUCCUUGUACAGGAAGUAUUUGGAAGAGCCCUGUGUUUGGGUGGAGUCAAACACAACUACCCUCAGUAUACUAUCUUCACAUGCUGAGAUUGGACUUGGCUUUCUCCUGAUUAUUUCCUUGUUCUCGUGGCAGCGCAACAUAAUACAAACUUUCAUGUACUGGCAGCUAUUGAAGCUCAUGUAUCAUGCCCCCGUGACUGCCAGUUACCACAAUAGUGUAUGGACUAAGAUUGGAAUGACUGUUAAUCCACUUGUCCACCGCUAUGCCCCGUUCUUGCAGGCUCCAAUAUCUGCUGCUCAGAGAUGGUGGCUCAGGUAGAAAAGAAGCCUCGAAAGAGAGAGGAAGGGAUGCAAAAGAUGAAUUCCACUAGGAUUCACGUGAACUCUUUUUAUCUAAAAAGAGGAACUUAUGUCAGAUAUAUGACAAAAUCUUCCAUUUUGGACUGAAACAAAGUUGAUUUGCGCCCAAGCAUAAAAUGUUACACAGAAUUAUGGAUUAAUUUGCCGAAAUGAAUUUUUUUUUAAAGUUAAGAUUAUAUGGAAAUUACGUUUUAGAUUAUGAAGACAAUUAAGAAUUUGACCAGAUUGUUUAUAGCACACUGAUAGAAAUGGAGAUGGUUUCUUUUGUUGUUGCUUAA